GGAGCUCCUGGCCGUCUCUGCCCGUGAAACCCUUCCCCCUUUUCUGUACUCCCCUCCCAGACUCUAUCGUGCCUGCGAGUGUGUCUGCAUGACCGACGCACAAUAACAAAACUGGUCCCUGCUCCGUAGCCCUUGGUGUAACGUGAAGGAACCCUGCAACAGAUACAACGCGUUCGGUUUGGACAUGAUCCCGGUGAUCCGGAGAUGAGGCUCAGAAAUGGCACCGUCCUAACUGUCUUAUUGUUCGGUCUAUGCGGAUUCAUAUCGCUCUCUUGGUACACCGCAUUCAGCAAUUCUAAAGGUGAUGUGGUAGAUAUUUACCAGAGGGAGUUUCUGGCUCUGAGGGACCGCCUUCACUCAGCGGAGCAAGAGAACCUCAAACGGUCCAAAGAGCUCAACCUGGUCCUGGAUGAGAUCAAGAGGGCCAUCGCAGAGAAGCAAGCACUCAGGGAUAUCAACCGCACCUGGAGCAGUCUAUCAGACGAGACCAAACUGAAGCUGUGGAACGUCACGUACAGCAAGAAUGUUCUUCAGCUGCCCAGCAUCUUCCACCACCUGCCUCACCUGCUGGCCAAGGAGAGCAGCCUACAGCCGGCCGUGCACGUGGGACAGGGCCGGACUGGGGUGUCGAUAGUGAUGGGCGUGCCCAGUGUGAAGAGGGAGGUGCACACGUACCUGACUGACACCCUCAGCUCCCUGGUGUCUGAGUUGAGUCCAGCCGAGAAGGAGGACUGCGUCAUCGUGGUGUUCAUCGCUGAGACGGACCAGCAGUACGCCAGCGGAGUGGCAGAGAACCUGAAGCGUCUGUUCCCGGUGGAGAUCCAGUCGGGGCUCCUGGAGAUUAUCUCCCCGUCUGUCCACUUCUACCCAGAUUUCUCCCGGCUGAAGGAGUCUUUCGGCGACCCCAAGGAAAGGGUCAAAUGGCGAACGAAGCAGAACUUGGACUACUGUUUCCUCAUGAUGUACGCCCAGUCCAAGGGGACCUACUACGUGCAGCUGGAAGACGACAUAGUUGCGCGGCCAAACUAUUUCACCACGAUGAAGAAUUUCGCUCUGCAGCAGCCGUCUGAGGAUUGGAUGAUCCUGGAGUUCUCCCAGCUGGGCUUCAUCGGAAAGAUGUUCAAGUCUCUGGACCUCUCUCUAAUUGUGGAGUUCAUGCUGAUGUUCUACAAGGACAAGCCAAUCGACUGGCUGCUUGACCACAUCAUGUGGGUGAAGGUCUGCAACCCGGAAAAGGAUGCUAAACACUGUGACAGGCAGAAGGCUAACCUGAGGAUCCGGUUCAAACCCUCGCUCUUCCAGCACGUGGGCACGCACUCCUCCCUCGCCGGAAAGAUCCAGAAGCUGAAGGACAAGGACUUUGGGAAACAGACCCUCCACAAGGGUCACGCCAACCCCCUGGCGGAGGUGACGACCAGCCUGAAGACCUACCAGCACUUCACCCUGGAGAAGGCCUAUCUGGGGGAGGAUUUCUUCUGGGCCUUCACCCCGGUGGCGGGGGACUUCAUCCGAAUCCGCUUCUUCACCCCUGUCCGCAUCGAGAGGUAUUUCUUCCGAAGUGGAAACAUCGAGCAUCCAGGUGACAAACUCUUCAACACCACCGUGGAGGUCCUGCCUUUUGACAACAUCCAAUCAGAGAAGGAGGCGCUGAAAGAGGGGCGGGAGAAAACGCCCAAGUAUCACCGCACGGAAGAUGGCUUCAUUCGCAUUGGAACAUUCCAGAAUGGCAUAGCGGAGGGGGAGGUGGACCCCACGUUCGGGCCACUGGAGGCCCUGCGGCUAUCGGUGCUAACGGACUCGCCUGUCUGGGUCAUCCUCAGCGAGAUAUUCAUUAAAAAGGCAGAAUGAAUGGCACCUGGCCUCAGUAUAUUUCUACACUCACUUGACCGUUCAGCAAAGGACUGGGGCCUUUGCAGAAACUCAAAGGACUAGUUUCUUUUUAUGUGGUGUGAGCACCCCAUCUGCUGGCAAGACACUGGUAUAACAAGAUAAUUUGGAAAUACCAGCUGAACUCUCGAAGAGCUACUCCGGCAUGUGGAGGACGUACAAGGCUGUGUUUUUAAACUGUACUUAUGUGUAUAUACGUUUAUGUUUUAGUAAUUGUAAUUACACUGGUGAUUGUUGAUGGGCUUGCUGGAUCGUCUUGCCCUGUAAUAAAUUAAAGAAAAGUGCUGCUUUUGAAUGGACUUAGCUGCAGAUAUACCCACUGGCCAUGAAAUAAUUGCAUCGCCUUUGAAAAUGGAAACAUUUUAUGAAUUGUUAAAUAAUGUCAGACCAUUUUUUUUUUUUUAAGUCCUGGUUUUGCCAAAUUAUAAUCGGUAUUUAUGAGAGUGAAAUAAUUAUGCAGAUAUACAUGUGUAGGUGUACACACAUAUAAAUGUAAUUAUGUCUACAGCGUAUAUAUAUAUGUGUGUAUGUAUAUAAAGUCUGUGGUAAUAUAAAUUUCCACUACCAGGAUAGAUCUUGAAUAAUAAUUAUCUCUCAGUGGGUAGAUGAGGAGUGUAGCUCUUGAGAAAAAAAGUUUUUUUAUGGUAACCUUUUGAAACACUUUGGUUAUUAAUUUCCAACAGAUCUUAGUUUGAUAUCACCAUUUGUGUAAAUGCUGUUUUUGUUCAGCUAGAAAUUUGCCUUAAUGUGACAUUAAGCAGACAGGACGCAGUGUGAUGUUUCAGAGAUGUGAAGCCUCCAGAUUCAGUCAUGGAGAUCUCUGAACAAGAUAAAGACCUCUGCAAUAGCUUUAGGAAAUGGAAAAAUCUUUGAUUCUGUUUCUGUCUCACCAUGCUUUCAUAAUUAUUAUUGUAAUUAGACUUUUAAUUUUGGUUAUGGGCAUAAUUAACUUGGUUCUGUGAUUUUGGCUUUUGGGGGUAAAAUCUAGAAUGUUCCACACUGUAUAAAUGACAACCAAGAGCAGAAGUGCAAUAUGAAAUCGUAUGCAAAUUUAGUUCCACAUUCAGCCUGAAAUCUGUGUGGGGGGUGAAUCCAUUUCACAGGUUUUGGGCAGUCAGGGGUGUGCAGCUAUGAUGUCUGUUCAGCACACAGCUUCUUUGAUUCUCUGUUCAAAGUUAUGCCUGUGCAUGGGGCUGUUGUUCAUCUUCUCAGUCCACUAAACCCCAUAUCCAAACGGCCCGCCCACGCGCAUGUGAUCACAUGACCCUGGUGGAAGGGGGUUGCGGCUCGUCUCCAAGCCUUUUUAGCCGGAGUUAGCUGAAGACUCGCCAUGGGUUACUACCACAUGACACGGUCAUCCUGAGGAUCGUGAACAGUUGCUAUGGCUCAAGUUGCAGGCGGGAGUCAUAAUGGGAAGGUUGAGAGCAGGCAGCCAGGCUUCAGAGCUGCUCUGCCCCCCCCAUGUUUGUUGACCAGGUCUCGCCAUGAGAAGUGCUGCCGGUACCGCAUGGUCACCUGACCCCUGACCCCUCUGAAGACAGGAAGCUGUGGCUCGUCAAAGCCAGUUAAGUUCCCUUUAAAGGAAUUUAACAUCUGUGUCCCUUGCCAUAAGUCAGGAGUUUUUUUUAUAUUGAAAAAAGUAAGUGCAUCACUGCUUGUCUUUCUCCUGGGAAGGGGCACAUUUGCAUUUGGGAAGCUAAGAGGUCAGGUUGUGGGCUUCCAUGUUAAAAUCCUGGUUAUGUGACAGCUAUUAAUAUUCAUCUGCAGUUGUAUGCUUAGAGUACACGCUGUUUGUGGGGUUCUGGGAAACCUAGCUUAAACGCUCAGCCAUAUUGACGAUGAGGGAGUACCCGACGAUCAGGUAGGAUGUUAUGAGAGGGUGUAAUGCCGUUGAAGGGUGCCCUAAUAGCAUUCUGCAGCUUUGGACACAUCAGGAAAGGACCUACUUUUGUCAGUCAGGUGGAAACAGAUCAGAGCUAGCAGAGACGUGGCAGGGCAGUGGGAUUUCCCCCUUGUGGGGGUCCAUAUAACAUGUCCAUAUUAUUUUCCAAGCACCUUACGGUUGGAAAUUCCCUCAAUGCCUUUUUGAAAGUGCAAAGGCCUGAAACUGAAGACUCCGCCCCCAAAGAUGACAUGGCCUCAGGCACGACUGACAGCUGUCAAGCAGUGCUCAGUAACAGGCUGAUGGAUGCUAGGAGACUGAACCUCCCUAUCGACAUAUAUGCGACAUAAAUAUCCUCCUGCUGUCUGGUCUAGUUGGACACAUCUGAUCGGGGACAUGACUGUCUCUCUCAGACUCUGUUCUAUCUACUAAGUUGAAGAUCGUGGGCAAGAGGAGGCAGUGAAUUAUUUUCCCCGUCAGAAACCUAUGGUCUAACCCUUUGGAUUCUUAGCCUAGCGGAUCACGUACCCCUAAAUUAUCACACAAGGGAACCAUGCAAUUCCAAAGGAAAGCUGGACUGACAGGCCUCGGGCCUGCCAAGGAUCCAAGCGCUUUUAAGCAUAGUGCACAACAUGAUCGGCAUACUCUUACUGUUGUGUGUGCUACGCUUUUAUCAAAAGAAAAACCUGCUUGACCAUUCAUCGGUUUGUACAGUGAUUUAUUCACAGAAUAAAUGUACAUUAAAUUUUUUAAUCUGAGAGUGUCAAAGUGUGUGUGUGUGUGUGUGUGUGUGUGUGAGAGAGAGAGAGAGGGAGAGGCAGAAAUUCAGGGCUUGUGCCAAAACGUGUAGCUGCAGAAAUACUGUAGAUGUUCUGUAGCUAGGGGUUGAUGCUGAAGGUGACUUAGAGGUAUGCUUUUCUCCCCUCUGCGAUAAAUAUCUGGUGUGAAUUACACUGGAAUGCAUUACUAUUUACUGUGUGUUGUAUUUUGUAUCAUUUAGAUAAACUCUAUUUAAUGUUACCUUCUAUUCCAAUCUGUGACUUGUAAUAAAACCAAACAAAUCAG